AUGGGAGGACCCGCCACCUUGCCCAACGUCCACGAUGGUCACAAGAGGAUUACGUACGAGGAGAUGCAUGUCACGAUUGGAAAGACGGCGGAGCGGAUCAAGAGCGAGUUCGACCCCGACAUCAUGGUCGCAAUUGGAGGCGGAGGCUUCUUCCCCGCUCGCGUUCUCCGCACCUUCCUGAAGCGCGUCUCGGGCGCCGACGGCAAGCGUCGCAACAUCCCCAUCCAGGCUAUCGGUCUCUCGCUGUACGAGGAGGUCGGCGAGGUUGACGGCACGGCUGGUUUGGCGCAGGAGGAGAAGCUUGGAAAGGAGGUCAUCCGGACGCAGUGGCUGGACUUCUCGACGCUCGGAAACAGGCCUUUGGUCGGCAGGCGGAUUCUCAUCGUUGACGAGGUCGACGACUCCCGGACGACCCUCGGCUACGCCGUCGCUGAGCUGAAGAAGGACAUCCAGGCGCAGUUUGACAAGCUGCCCGAGGACAAGAAGGCCGACUUCCCGCCCACCAAGCUCGCCAUCUUCGUCGUCCACAACAAGCUGAAGGAGAAGCGCGCCUCGAUCCCCGACGACGUCGCAUACUUCGCUGGCGACGACAUCCCUGAUGUCUGGGUGGACUACCCCUGGGAGCAGGAGGACAUCCUCCUGCACAACGAGGUCGCUGCCAAGCAAAAGGAGCUCGGGUUGUAA